GAAGGCGAGGCAAUUUCGGCAUAAUUUAUUAGCUUUAACAAAUUUUAUGCGCCUUUGUAUUGCGAAUGUUUUAAGUAGUGAACACUUUUUCAUGGGAUGUAGUGUGUUGCAUAAAUAACAGGGAAACACUGUUUUAGAAUUUGUUUGAAAAGCAUUGAUUUUACGGUUGGAUUUUGAGAGAUUAGAACUCCUGGGUACAAGCUUUGGAAAUUUCAUUUCUACACUUUCUAGUACUUGAAAUCUGGACGUUAGAAAUUCGUCCAUUUGAGACCAUAUGGGAAGAUUUCUUCUUGUGGGCAAUGGAUUUCUCCCAUAGUAAUCGGGUAUCUUUCGGCAAUUUGGAUACGCAAAUAUGUAUAAGGAUAGGUUCCCAGCUGUCUGUCAACACCUUUUGAGUAUUUAAAAUGGACAGACAUGUUUUUAUUUUGCUUUGUAGAUUUAUAAUCUUCGCUAUUUUCUAUGUCAAUGCUAGGCAGAUUCAGUAAGAUUUGGAUUGGAUUGUCCACUAAUAUACGAUUGUUUUCAUAACGUUCGCUUAAUGCUUGCCAUGCCAGCUCAAAAUUCUCGUCGCUAAAAGGGAAUUUCUUGACGAUUUGACCGGCUUGCCCUUUUGUUUUAGACCGGAGGUGGUAUAAUUUUUGAGCGGAUGAUAAUUGCAGUGGUUUAGUAGCCGGCUGUAAAGAUAUCUCGGAAAGAUUCCCAUUCUUCAUAACCACCGUGGAAAAUCUCUGUAUCACAUGUUGGGAGUUGCAGAUACAUGUGAGGAUUUUCAUCUGUGUGCGAAUUCUGUGCUUCUCGGGAGUGAGAGCUUGGUGGACUUAUAGCUCGGAUUAAUUUGAGUUGAUCUAAGAUCUUCGCUUUAGUCAUUUUAUAAGUAUCAAUACUAAAUUGAUACUUGCCUUCCGCCAAUGCCUAAAAAUUAUCUGGAAGGUCUUCCUCAUCUUUUAGGAAAAGUGAGUCAUAUGCGGCUUGUAACCGCGCCCAGAGAUUGUCAAUAGGUUUUCUUUUAUUUCGAGGGCCGACUCUGUGAAUUCCUCUAUGGGAGAAGAGGUGAGUCUGGCAGAAUAUCUCAUGAAGCCAUCAUUUUCUAUAUUAAAUUUUUGCGCACACGGGUCAAGAGAUUCUCUUUUUCCUGAUUUCUUUGCUUCGGAAGAAGUUGAUUUCCUUGGAAUUUUGGAACUAAUUUUCGGGCUUUGUUCAGUUGGCAUUUUUGAUAUUAGGAAAUUUAUUUAUAUUUGAGUAUUUUAGUAUGUAUGGCUCUCGAUUGAGCAAUUUGUGGUUAAUUGUGCUUUUUGUGGACUGUAUGUAUUUUUGUGACCGGUGAAUUUUACUACUGGGUUUUAUUUUUUAUUUUUGUCUCAUUCGGGGGUGGUCCCAAAAGUACCAGGCCUAACCUCGAGAUGGCGGCAGUUGUUUGAAAAAUAUCACUGGGUUAAAAAGUACCCAAUCUAUAAAGCAUAUGUUUCAAGUUUGAAUAUGCCACGUUGUUUAGUAUUUGCUUGGCAGCCGCCAAUAGUGAACGUUUUCAGUGAAUUUGUGAAAAUGGAGAAAAUUGGUCAUCGUUAUGUGAUACAAUACUUUUAUUUGAAAGGCCUCAGACCAUCCAAUAUAAAAGCUGAAAUAGAUUAUACUUUGGGCGGGUCUGCUCGUUCGUUUACCACAGUAAAAUAUUGGGUAGCAGAGUUUAAACGAGGCCGUACGAGCUGCCAAGACGAGCAUUGCAGUGGUCGACCAAAUGAGGUGACGACUCCAGAAAUGAUGAAGAAAAUCCACAAAGCGGUAAUGGAUGAUCGUCGAAUGAAAGUGCGCGAGCUGGCAGAUACAAUAGGCAUUUCAAAAAGUAUGGUACAUCGCAUAUUAUUUGAAGAUUUGGAAAUGAGAAAGCUGUGUCCAAGAUGGGUGCCGCAUUUGCUCUCACUCGACCAAAAACAGUGUCGUGAAGAGGUUUCAGUUGAGUGUUUAGCGAAUUAAUGAAUUAAUGUUUGAAUUGCUACCUCAUGCACCCUAUUCGCCAGAUUUAGCCCCCUCGGACUAUUUUCUGUUCCCCAACUUAAAAAAAUGGCUCCGUGGUCAAAGAUUUUCUAAGGAUGAAGAAAUGAUGUCGGCAGUUAAUGGCUAUUGUGAGGAGCAAGACAGUUCUUAUUAUAAAAGGGGUAUCGAACUUAUUGAACAUCGCUUGUAAAAGUGUAUAGAGCUGAAAGGAGUUUAUGUUGAAAAAUAAAUAUAUUUUUUCCCAAAAUUUUUGUGUUUUCUUUGUUAGGUCGGGUACU